AUGGGAGACAAGAUAUUAUGCAUGGAUAAGAAAGCUUGGUGGAUUAUUGAAAUCAUCUUCCUCAUCACAAUAAUUGCUUUUGAGCUGGCCACUUUAGCAGUGAAAAGAUGAUUUAAUCAAGGGGAGUCACCAUUCGAUUGGGAAGGUGGACUAUUAUGGCCUACAGAAGACAGUAAAUACCACAGCCACGACUAUACUUAUUAUCACAUUUAUGACAACUGUGACCCCGUCAUGUACAGUGAAGGCUCCUGCAAAGGCUUCAGAAGGCUUUGGGCUGGCGGGUGCGUUUAUGUGCUGUUUGAAUGUUUUUCCUUACUUUUCCUGGUAUUGACAAUUGGAGUCCUUGUAGCAAACUUGUUUACCAAAAAAGUCGCGAUUUGGCUAAGUCUUACAUUUUAUUGGAAUGCAGUGAUGUGGCAGUUCUUAGGAUUCGUAAUAUGGGGAGGAUUAAGCAAAGUCACCUAUAUGAAAGGAAAUUGUGAUGAUAAUAACUGAAAUGGAGGUGAAGAUCAAGCUAAUGUUUGCGCAAAAGAAGGGGCCAAGCUAUCUCUUUUCACUGUAUUAUAUAUUUUCAUAUCCUGUGCAUUCUUUAACAUCAUAUACCUGAUAGGGCGAAAGAAAAAAGAUGACGAGCUUCAAGGAAUUGACAGACUGCCAGCAUUUAAAGAUAAUAAAGAAAACCUUCUUGCAGAUGAAGGUAAAACUCGAAAGAAGAAAAAGCAUAAAAUUCAAGAGCCAGAGCAGUAA